AUGGAUCCUCCCGAGAUUGAAUUAUUUCCAGGUAUCUAUGUGACUGACUACAGAAGAAAGCAGCCCGAAGAGCCCAAGCCUUUGUCUCCAGAUGAAUACAUUCAAUCUUUAAUCACAAACAAUAUGCUUGACGAAGAAAUCCUCCGGGCAGAAAUCGAAAAAAUCGAGCUUACAAUAAAGCAGCUUGAAAAAUCUAAUGAAAUUCUGAUAAACGACCCAGAUGAAAUCUGCCAAGAAGCUUACCGAGAAAACGUAGGGAUUUUAGAAAAAUAUAGAGACAUGCUAGAAAGAGUAAAAAAACUUGCUGGCGUCAGAGAACAGCCUGGAGUUUACAUUUAA